AUGUCCUCAAAAACCGUUGUUGUGGUUCACAUCAAUGAGUACGUCACCAAAAAAGACUUUGUGGAUGCUCUCUCCAAAUAUGGAGAUAUCGAAACAAUAAUUAUGCAUGUUGACACACACAUUAAGAGCGACACAAAGACAAUCUAUGCGGUUGUCACUUUUCAAACGGAAGACGCCGCAUUUAUUGCCACAAGGGACCAGAAACGGCCCAUCCUCCGCGGAUUCCCGGUUCGCGUCUUCACCGCUACACUGCUGGAAAACCUCGGAAAGAGCCAGAACAAGUCAUACUGGUGUCAUUCUUAUGAGCUGACUGACACCACUCCGGAGAAACGUGUUUCUUCGCUCGUAUGCUCAGUCACCACCGGAACCGAACGCGUGCUCGAGCUCAUGGAUAGCCACAGUAAAGAUAACAAAUUGGAGUGGCUGGACUUCAUCAGUGAGAUAGUCCAUAAAGGAAAUCUAACUCUUCUUGAGAAGUCCAUGAAGAUCUUCUUCGAAAUUGUCGAUCAGAACGGCGAAACCGACAGUGGGGUUUUCGUUGCCUUCGGAGCUUUCGUUGAUUUUGGAGCUUUCGUUGUCUUCGGAGAUUUUGUUGUCUUCGGAGAUUUCGUUGUCUUUGGAGGUCUCGUUGUCUUUGGAGGUCUCGUUGUCUUUGGAGGUCUCGUGGGCUUCGGAGAUUUUGUUGUCUUUGGAGGUCUCGUGGGCUUCAAAGGUUCCGUGGGCUUCGGAGCUUUCUUAGUUGUUCGAGCUUUUGUGGUUUUUGGAGCGUUUGUGAUUGGAGGAUUGACCGAUUUGUUGGGCUUGGGCUUCGUUGUCGGUUUCGGUUUUGGAGGUGCCUUUGUUGUCGGCUUGGUGGCCUUGGAGUUAAGGGCAGAACUAGUUUUGGAAGUCUGCACAGCACAACGGAAGGUGGUUCGGUUGUUUGGUCUUCAACUGUUGGUCCAUUUUGAGACGAAUCAGAUACGUGUUGUUCCCGAUGAUGUUCUCUGUGUCGAGUCCUGCUUGACCGAUGCUCACAAGGGCAUGCACAAGAAGCACCUGAAAAAUGAAAUUUAUGCAGAUGUCCUCGUCUCUGCGUGGCUGCCACUGGAGACCUCACUCAUCAAACACCGCCAUUUUGAUGCUUUUGAAGACGUCGUACAAAUGUACAUAAAAUAUGGCGAUGUUGGACAUCCUGUGAAAACGAUGGAUGCAAAUAAGGUGAUGUCCUGGCUGUACUCGGAGAAAUGCGAUCUCGACAUUCCUCAGAAGACCGCCGUCAUGCUCCUCGUGCUAAAAUUUAAAAUGGAUUGGAACCCAACCUGGCACACAAACAGAAAUCGAGACAAAAUAAUGAACCAAGAUAUAGUAAUCCAUUUAUACAACACUCAAUUGUCUUGGGAAAAAGCUCACCUGCGAGCCAUUCAAUUAUGUUUUUCCGAUAUGCAAUGGAAAGUUGCGAAUGGCGCCCUCCAUCUGCCUGCUAGGACAGUUAUGGACACUGUCCUCCGAACCGCUCUGCAGAAUCGAUUCAUUUUUCUUCUCAAUAUGAACUAUGAUCUCCCACUUUCAUAA